AUGGGCUCCCGCUACGAGGUGGAGGUGACGGUGGGGUCGGCGAGCAACCUGAAGAACGUCAACUGGCGCAACGGCGACCUGAGGCCGUACGCCGUGCUGUGGGUGGACGACGACGGGCCCAAGUGCUCCACCCUCGUGGACCCCGACAACGGCGAGGACCCCGCGUGGGACGAGAAGGUCGUGGUCCCGGUGCCCCCCGCCUCCGCCGCGCGCCUCGGCGACGCCGUCCUCCACGUCGACGUCGUCCACGCCGCCAGCGGCGACGACGAGGACGUGAAGCCGCUCGUGGGCUCCGCGCGCCUCCUGCUCCGCGACGUCCUCGACGACGCCGGCGGCGCCGUCGGCGGGCCCAAGGUCUCGCGCACCCUCAGGCUGAAGCGGCCCUCGGGCCGCCCGCAGGGCCGGGUCGAGGUCCGCGUCGCCGUCCGCGAGGCCCCGCCCCCGCGCUACUACGACCCAGCGCCCGCGUACGGGAACCCCGCCGCCGCCGCCGCCCGCGACCCGUACUACGCCGCGCCGCCGGUGGGGUCCCCGGCCGCCGCCGCCGCCGCUCCUCCUCCCUACGGUGGUGGUUAUGGAGCCGCGGCGUACGGGGAUCCUGCGGCCGCUCCGCCUGCCCAGAAGAGCAGCAAGAUGGGGAUGGGGACAGGGCUGGCAGUGGGCGCCGCGGCGGGGCUGCUGGGCGGCCUGGCGCUGGCGGAAGGGGCGAGCUACCUGGAGGACAAGGUCGAGGAUCGCGUCGCCGAGAGGGUGGAGGAGGAGACGUUCGGCGACGGAGACUACGACGACGAUUACUAG